CAACAAAGCCGGGUGGGCUCAUCUGCGUGCGGGCUCUUGAACGAGUCCAUCCGUCCUCUGACUCUGAGAGCCAUCAUGACGGUCAUACUGGACCUGCUGCUGAUGCUCGUAGACCUCACCUACUCCAUCCUGCGGGCCGUCGUGCAGACUUUCCUCCAGCCGAGGCUGAAGAGCGUGGACGGGGAGCUGUGUCUGAUCACGGGCGCCGGGGGCGCGCUGGGUCGCCUCUUCGCCCUGGAGUUCGCCAGAGAAAAAGCGCGGCUGGUUUUGUGGGACUGCAACACGGAGGCCAACGAGCAGACGGCCGAGUUGGCCCGGGAGCUGGGCGCAGAGGUGCGCACGUACACCGUGGACCUGUCCCGGCGCCUCGGCAUCUAUGAGGCGGCGGGGAGGGUGAGAGCCGAGGUCGGGGACGUCUCCAUCCUGGUCAACAACGCCGGCGUGGUGGCCGGACGGAGACUGCUGGACUGUCCCGAUGAGCUCCUGGAGAGGACUCUGCUGGUCAACUGCCAUGCGCUGUUCUGGAUGACGAAGGCCUUCCUGCCCCAGAUGAAGGCCACAAACCACGGCCACAUCGUGACCAUAGCGAGCGCGCUUGGACUGUUCACCACGUCAUGUGUAGAGGACUACUGUGCCAGUAAAUUUGGUGCUGUUGGGUUCCACGAGUCACUGGCACACGAGCUGCGAGCAGACAACCAGCAUGGUGUCAAAACCACGCUCGUUUGCCCCUAUAUUGUAGACACGGGGAUGUUCGCAGGCUGUGAAAUCAGAAAAGAGCUCAGGGGUCUAAUUCCACCCCUGGACCCCCUUUAUACCGUCCAGCAAUCCAUGAAAGCCAUUCUAGGAGAACAAGAAAUGAUCUGCAUUCCUCGCCUUAUGUACAUCCCCUUUCUUGCAAGAGUACUGUUGCCUUGGGAGGCAAAUGUUGUGACGUAUCGCUUCAUGGGCGGCGACAAGUGCAUGCUGCCUUUCAUCAAGAAGGCCGAGAUGAAAACCUCCAUGUCGUCCUAAGACUCGUCUGACAGCCCCAUCACAAGCACUGAAAACCAGCGGCAGGGAUUUUAGGAUGCAUGAUACACCAAAGGAGAGCCCAGUACCUGUGUACCUCCCACUUCUCUGUAUUUGUAUAAUAAAGAACAAU